AUGUCUGAGGGAUUCAAGGAAGGAAUAUCAGUUAUUACCUCACCUUGUUAGUACAACAUUGAGUGCCAAAGUCCGAAUUCUAUUCACUCGAAUUCAGACGAGAACAUUCUGGCUUCGAAUGUUCAAACCCCUAAAUUAGCUGUUUUAUAAAGGAGAGAUUCAAGCAAAAGAAAAAGUUAGACGAAUGCAUAAACAAGUUUUAUGUCUUUUUUUUACAUUGGGAGGUUUGUAGAGAAGUUGUCACUCAAUCGCAAACGAUUGGGCUCUUUGAAUGAGGCUCAUUUUAAUCUAAUUGGGGACAAGGCAUCAGAUGCGCAAAAUUUAUUUACUUAUUCGAAGCGAGUAAGUUAAUCUGGAAUUAAUCUGAAGAGAAUGAAAACUCUAUUCGAAAGAGAUGCAGAGGUAAGGGACAGCACUACUCUAGAGUAAGUGAAGGAGGAUUUGAAAAGACUUAGAAAACCAAUAGUUCAUUGCAUCAAUACAAUAAUCCAUAAAAUCCCCAUAAUUUAACCGGAAUCCUUAUUCAAAAUGUACUGGGACUUCUUUACAUCCAUUUUUAGGAUCAUCCUUCUCAUCUUGGUUCCUCUUGAGAUCGCCUUCAAACCUGAAAUUCUCUUUAAUAAUCUCAUUUCAAUCACCUAUGUCAUUCUAAUGAUACUGCAAUUGGACUUUCUCAUAAGAAUCAACACUCUCACUUACAGAAAUGGGAUAGCAAUCAAAGAUAAAUGGGAGUUGGUUAUACAUCAAUUAAAAAAGGAGUUUCUUGCUGACUUUUCGACUUCUUUAAUCUUGAUAAUAUUUAUGAUCAUUCCCGACAUGAAAACCAAAGCCAACCUGUUUUUGCUUUUAAUCUUAGCCUAACAUAAAUACGUGUAUGAGACAUUUGCCAAUAGCGAUCAAAUUUCGUAUUUAACAAGACCACAAAGAGGUAUUUUUGGAUUGCUGAAAUUCAUCUUAACCCUUCUGUACAUUCUGCAUUUGUUCAGUUGCAUCUGGUUCUACUUCAGUAGUAUCAGCAUUGAAGAUUCGUGGAUUAGAUUUAAUGAUCUGGAGGAUAAGAAUUGGGAAGAACAGUAUCUGGAAGCACUUUACUUUGCAGUUGUGACGAUGUUAACAAUCGGUUACGGUGACAUGGUACCAAAGAAUGCAAUUGAGAAGAUAGUCACUAUGGUGUUUGUGUUAGGAGCAUGCUUGUGGGUGUCUUACAGUGUAAAUUUCAUAGGCAGCAUUAUUGACGAUAUUACAUAGAAUCAAGUUGAAAGGAAUCGAAGGAUGAGAGUCAUAAAUAAAUACAUGAAUUAGAGAAAGAUACCCUAUAGUCUAUAACAUCAGGUUAAAGAAUACUUAACCUUUAGAUGGAAAGAAGACGAUGAAGUUGAUCUUGAAAUUGAAUAGACCUUAUUAGAGCAAUUGUCAGAUGAAUUGAAAGAAGAACUAGAUAAGUAGGCUCAUAAGGUGUACAUUGAGAAGUCGGAAUUUCUAUAGAAAUAUUUUAGUGAGGAGUUGAGAAAUGCUCUCUUCAAAUCCAUCAAGCGAAAGAUUAUUCCUCCUUAGAAUACAUUUUCAACGGAGUUUGGGAAUUAAUAACAUCUGUGUUUUGUUGAAUAAGGUUUCAUCGUCUAUCAACAUCCAGAGAGAAAACAAAGAUCUAAGAUGAAUGCCGUCAUCAAUCAAGGUCAAUUUUUUUGUGUGAAUAAUUUCAUAACCAAUAAUCCAUAAGUUGAUCUCUUUAAAGCCAUAGGAUAUGCAAGUUUAUUGGUACUAUCCAAAUCAGAUUUCAUUGAAACAUUAAAGGACUUCCCUGAAGACUUUUAGAAAUAUUGUUAAUUGAAAGAUAACAUAACCUUAAGUUAUGCUCCACCAACAUUGGAAAAUGGAGUAUUUUGUCCAGCUUGCUAGAAUUUUAAACAUCCACUGAAUAGAUGUCCUUAGGUUCAAUAUGUCCCGAAUAGAGAAGCAGUAAUAAAGAAAUAUUGUAUGACUGAGAAUUAAAGGUAAAAUAAAAAGUAUCCUCGAUAAAAUAAGAUAAUUUCAGAUUGGGUCACUUGGGCCGAUAAAGAUUUAGCAAGUCAGUAUGCAUCUGUGUUUCAAAAUGAAAAUUAAUAGGCAAUUGCUAUGUAAUCUAAAAUCCAAUUGAAUUUUGAAUAUGGAUCUGAUACAAAUUCAUCAGUUGAUGAUGCUGCUUCCCCUGGAAUUAAGAUUCCACAAAAUUCCCCUAUUUUUUAAGCACAACACAUUAAACAAACAAGAAAAAGUAGAAUCGUUUAGGAUCCUCAAUUUUAGAGUAAGGCAGACUCUCGUUAAAACUUAAACUUAGCUCUCUAGAAUAGGAAACAAUCUAUUUUAACUGCAGGUAUCUCUUUGGGUUUUGGGAGGAACAACACACCUAAAAAUAAAAUAGAGAUUCCCUUGGUUGACGAGAUUAAAGAGAGUGACAGUUCCGAGAGUAGUAGUGGAAGUGAGGAAUCAACAGAGAAGUAGGAGGAGAUUGAUUAUCAGAAAUUGGUAGAGAAGAGAGCUUAGGCUACUCAAGAUUUCAAUGAUAAUAUGACCGAUAACAUAACUAAUUUAUACCAUCAAUUGCAAACACUUCUAGAAUUGAAUGAGAAUGAUGUUAUAGCUAAAAAAGCCUUGCAACAAUUUGAACCACUUUAUUGGUAGUUCAACUAAUAAAAAUUUGAUGAUUUUGAAACAAAGUCUUAAUUUGAUUAUUACUUCAACAAGCAAAAUGCUGAGGAUGUCAUUUUAUUAAUGAAGGAGGAUAUUUUCGGAUGGCAAACAAACAUUUUGGAUAGGAUGAGGAAAUUCAUGCUCUAUCCAUUUUAAUAUGUAUUAAAUUUCUUGAAAUUGAGGAGGAAUGCUAAACUAAAAUUCGUUCCACCUUUAAAAAUGGUUGCAAAAAUAAAGAGCACUUUAGACAAUUUAAAGAAGGCCUUGAAACGCAAGGCUGAAUCAACUGUAGUUAGAUCGAGUCUGAAAUUUAAUUCUGUGGCUCCAGAUGCCAAUAAAACUUAAGGGAAAUAGAGGAAAUGGGUAGUUUGA